UUAGUUGGGAACCGGACCUGAAUCUAGACAUCCGUCUGAAAAGCCCGUAAAACUAGCGCUUGAUUUGAAUAACGAAAAGGUUGUGGACAUAGAGUGCGGACAGUGUUAUACACUUGUGGUGACCGAUGCGGGACAGGUGUACGGCUGGGGCUGUAGUCGCAAGUUAGGCAACGGCGACAUUGAUGGCCAGUCGCCGCCUAUUAAAGUGACGGGUCUGGAGGGCCAACACGUGACGGCCAUUGCCUGUGGUUAUCACCAUUCGGUGGCCGUUACGGACUCCGGCCGUGUGUUUGUCUGGGGGUAUAAUCAGAGCCAUCAAAUGGGUUUGGGUCACAAAACAGACCAAUUAAUACCCGUUCAAAAUCACUACUUUAAUGACAUGAAAGUGACCAAGGUGGUCGCUGGCAAUCAUCAUACUUUGCUGCUCUCAGCUGAUGGCAAUGUGUACGCGUUUGGUUUUAAUGAUUAUGCUCAAUUGGGCACAGGUGGUUUUGAUAAACACGGUACACCAUAUAACCCCCUAAUGAAGCAUGGUCCAUUUGUUGAUAUUGUUGCUCAAAAAUUCAACAAUAUUUCGGCCGCCGUUACGGCAAAUGGCGGUCACUUUGUUUGGGGUAAAUGUAGGAAACCGUUGGGCGCUCUACUCAGUCCUACGGUCGUGACGGGCGUUGACUAUAUACAUGAUAUAAUUGGAUUUCUAAUGAACGAAGAAUUUGUUCAUAACAUCCAUUCAUUCAUUAUAUACGGAGAGACGGGAAGUGAUGUGAUUGUUGUGACCAAAGAUGAUGUGGUCUUUCAUAUGAAUGUCAAUAAUAUCACACAAAUGACAGAAUUGUGUGAAUUAAGUGCAAAAGAUGUCAUCAAAAUCAGCGCCGGUUAUAAGUACUUGUGUGCACUCACUUCCGAGGGUGAAGUGUACACUUGGAUUGAUAAUCAAACAGAUCCAGUGCAGGACGUUGCAUACGCUGCUGAUAAUUAUAUCAUAAUGUUGGGAGACAGCGAUCCAUCGCCUCAUCCAAUCAAACUAUCUCUCGAUUUGAAUAAUGAAAACAUUGUUGACAUUGAAUGCGGUUUACACCACACACUGGCGCUGACCGAUGCCGGCCGUGUGUACGCCUGGGGGCAAUUAGGGAAUGGCAAUACCAUUAAUCAAUAUAAGCCUAUUAAAGUGGUCGGAGGUCUAACCGGAUGUCGCGUGAUAUCCAUUGCCUGCGGUGGAAAUCAUUCACUGGCCGUUACGGACACCGGGAGUGUGUUUGGAUGGGGUUUAAAUGGAAAUGGUCAGUUGGGUUUGGGUCACACAAUUAAACAAUCAUUGCCCGUUCGGAUUCAAUAUUUCAAUGACAUGAAAGUGACCAAGGUUGCCGCUGGAAAGUGUCAUACAAUGUUUCUAUCGAAUGAGGAUAUAGUUUCACAUAUAGAUAGCACAAUAUCAGCGGCCGUUACCGCGAAUGGAGUGUUAUAUGUUUGGGGCGAAUGUCGGCAACCAUUUGGCGAUUUACUCACACCAACCGCAAUAAAUCUCUCCAAUGAUCACCCGGUGCUCAACAGUAUGUGCGAAGCCUUCGACAAUACCAUAUCAUCUAAUUUCCAGUUUGUAAUCAACGGACAGUCCAUUCAUGUCAUCAAAGAGUAUUUGAUUAUACGCUGCAAACGUAUGGAACCAAUGAUGCGUUUGUUAAAUACUAAUCAAACCGAAGUUGUGAUUACAGACUAUUCUUAUGAGGCAUUCAAAGCAUUUCUGCGAUAUCUGUAUACCAACGAUGUGUUUGUGGCGCCGGAUAUUGCGGUCGAGUUAUUGGGUUUGGCCGACACUUACGCCGAGACAGACCUCAAGCGAAAGUGUACUCGACUUUUACGUAAUAACAUUACUGUUGAAAACGUAUCCCUUAUAUACGAGUCGGCUCUUAAACACUCGGUGUUAGAACUUCAUGAAAUUUGUUUCAAUUAUGCGGUCAAACACUUUGAAGAGGUCUCCAAAACAAAAGCUUUCAAUGAUUUGGAUAUUAAUAUUCGGAUUCAAUUUCUUUGCAAACUCACAGCAAAUGCCAGACUUUUAAACAAUAAUUGUAAACAUUAA